UUGUCCGUGAAGGAGAGAGUGCGGGGAUAUUUACUAGUGUUUUGCCUUUUUCAGCAGGUGAGAGACUUUUUGAGUCUUGGGCUGCGUGAAGUAGGUGAAGCACCAACAGCAGCUUCGCCUUCAUCUUCACGCCCAUGUACAGAUACAUCCACCAUUCUCGAUCGUGCCCUGAAAUUCCUCGUCAUCUUCUUCCAUGCUCGGGAAUUUAGGAUCAAGGUACCUGUUGAUGUGAUUGUUUGAAGAUGGAGGCUUGUGACUGCAUUGAGCCACUAUGGUCUCCUGAUGAGCUUUUGGUGAAAUAUCAGUAUUUGUCGGACUUCUUCAUUGCCCUUGCUUAUUUCUCCAUUCCUCUUGAGCUUGUUUACUUUGUAAAGAAAUCUGCCUUCUUCCCAUAUCGAUGGGUGCUAAUGCAGUUUGGGGCAUUUAUUGUUCUAUGCGGGGCUACUCACCUAAUAAACUUGUGGACUUUCACCAUGCAUUCAAAGACUGUUGCACUGGUAAUGACUGUUGCAAAAGUAUCUACGGCUGUUGUAUCAUGUGCGACGGCUCUCAUGCUUGUUCACAUCAUUCCGGAUUUGUUAAGCGUGAAAACAAGGGAGCUGUUUUUGAAGAAUAAGGCCGAAGAACUAGAUAGGGAGAUGGGUCUUAUACGUACACAAGAAGAAACAGGCAGACAUGUUAGGAUGCUGACACAUGAGAUCCGAAGCACGCUUGACAGGCAUACCAUAUUGAAGACUACUCUUGUCGAGCUGGGCAGGACUUUGGGUUUGGAAGAGUGUGCUCUAUGGAUGCCAUCGCGUACUGGUUUGAAUCUCCAGCUCUCUCACACCCUGCGUCAUCAAGUACCUCUUGGAUCCACCGUGUCUAUUCAACUUCCUGUUGUCAACCAAGUCUUCAGUAGCAACCGUGCAAUAAGAAUUCCGCACACAUGUCCAUUGGCAAGGAUUCGACAUAUUACAGGAAGAUAUGUGCCACCGGAGGUUGUUGCUGUGCGAGUACCACUCCUGCAUCUUUCAAAUUUCCAAACUAAUGAUUGGCCUGAGCUCUCUACAAAAGGUUAUGCGGUGAUGGUUUUGAUGCUUCCCUCAGACAGUGCAAGAAAAUGGCAUGUUCAUGAACUGGAACUCGUUGAAGUGGUUGCAGACCAGGUAGCUGUUGCUCUUUCUCAUGCUUCUAUUUUAGAAGAGUCCAUGCGGGCACGUGAUCUGCUGAUGGAACAGAACGUUGCCCUAGAUUUAGCUCGACGAGAUGCUGAAAUGGCCAUCUGUGCCCGUAACGAUUUUCUUGCUGUUAUGAACCAUGAAAUGCGGACUCCAAUGCAUGCAAUUAUUGCUUUGUCCUCCCUACUUCUAGAAACUGAGCUAACACCCGAACAACGUGUCAUGGUAGAGACAGUUUUAAAGAGUAGCAACCUUCUCGCGACACUAAUUAAUGAUGUUUUAGAUCUUUCAAAGCUUGAAGAUGGUAGCCUGGAGCUAGAUAUCGGAACAUUCAACGUUCAUGCAGUUUUCAGAGAGGUCAUUAAUUUGAUAAAGCCCAUUGCAGCUGUGAAGAAGCUGUCAGUGUCACUGAUGUUGGCACCAGAUGUACCAGUGCAUGCCAUUGGUGAUGAAAAACGACUCAUGCAGAUUAUUCUAAAUGUUGCUGGUAAUGCUGUGAAGUUCACAAAGGAGGGAUAUGUUUCACUUACGGCUUGUGUUGCAAAGCCAGAGAUGUUGAGAGACCCACGAGCUCCUGAAUUCUAUCCAGUGUCAAGUGAUGGUCGAUUUUACCUACGAGUGCAGGUUAAGGAUUCUGGUUGCGGAGUUAGUCCUCAAGAUAUUCCUCAUCUUUUUACCAAAUUUGCACAGUCACGAAGUGGAACAAAUAGAAAUCAAGGUGGAACAGGGCUUGGUCUCGCAAUUUGUAAAAGGUUCGUAAGUCUUAUGGAAGGUCAUAUUUGGCUUGAAAGCGAGGGCUUGGGCAAGGGAUGCACUGCGGCAUUUGUUGUGAAGCUUGGGAUAAAAAACAAUUCAAAUGAACAGGUGCCAAGGGCCCGACCAAAUUACAUCACAGAUCUUUCAGGACCAAAUGCUCGUUUUAGAGAAGACAUUGGGGUAAUUUCUACUCAACCUCGAUAUCAGCGAAGUCUUUAGAUGGCCACAGAAUGUUCUAGCAUUUUGGAAUCUCAUACCCAAGAUGAUUUCACAAUCUCGAACCAGUUUUGAUAUGGUUCAAGGCUAAAACAGGCUGCAAAAUUGCUUGGUCCACACUUCCAAUGCGAAGGAUCAGAUCAACUUGCCAACUGGAACUAGAUGAGGAUUUAUGUUCUUGUAAGAAGGGGCUUUGACUUUCCAAAGAAUGGUGAAUCAGAAGCAAGGCAUCAUUUGAAUGUAUGGUUAUUCAAAACGUGUCAUUUGAAUGUCUUAUAUUUUAUAAUUAGAGGAAAUAUUUAUUGUUGGUGAAAUUGGGAAGCAUUUCUCGCAGCAGUGAGAAGCCAUGAUAAUGAUGGUGAUGUGUGAAAACCCAAAUGCUGUAGUUAAACCUCUUUACUGAUGAGCUUUUGCUAUAAUCUUAAAAAUGGGAAUAAAAUCAAACCUUUUGGUGUUUUUGGGUCCA